AUGCAGAACUGCAGCAUCGCCCUAAACCACCUCGAAUAUAAGUCGGACCUGGAUGCACUUCACACGCUGGAAUCGAAUGUCAGAUGUUUGCCGGCCGAAAUGCAGACACUUGGUCAUCAAGAUGCAGAACUGCAGCAUCGCCCUAAACCACCUCGAAUAUCGGUCGGACCUGGGCAUCAAGAUGCAGAACUGCAGCAUCGCCCUAAACCACCUCGAAUAUCGGUCGGAUCUGGAAAAACUGCAGCAUCGCCCUAA